AUGAAAAAUCUGUGGGCAUCGAAUCAACCGUCGCAUGCUACUACUGUUUCAGAAGAAGAAAAGGUUCCUGUCGUCGUUCCGGCUGCGGCCCCCGUUUUCCCUGCUGCUCCUGCUACUGCCACUGCUACUACCACUGCUGAUGCCACUGCUACUACCACUGCUACUACCACUGCAGAUGCCACUGCAGAUGCCACAGAUGCUGAUUUCACGGAUGCUGCUGCCACUAUUAAGUUUCAGAUACGAGCUACAGUCACUGCAACUGGAAUUAAGCCAGCACUUUUACUCUGA